AUACUGGAGCACGUGUCAGUUAACGAUCAUUGCAGAUUGUUAUUUGGGAGGAAACAGAUCAACUUAUUUCUGCCGGACAGCAUCUGCACAUUAGUCGCCGUGACGCAAUCAGCGACGGACAUGCUUUCCGAAGAAGGGCUCGGAAUUGCGGACAUCUUGGUUUUCUGUGUUCUGACGGCUGCGGGAUACUUCGUGGGGCUCUACUUUUCCUUCAAAGGAAGGCGACGUGAGAUUUCACCCGAUGACACCAGGGGCACUUCGGCUGUGCUCGAGGCCUUCCUCGGGGGUCGAAGUAUUCCGGCAGCGGCACUGGCCGUGUCCGUUCUGGCUUCCGUGGCCACCGCCGUCGGCGUGGUGAGCUUCGUGGGCCACUACUAUGCGUACGGCUUCCAUCUUGAUUGGGCAUUGGCCGGCAUUCCAGUGUCGGCGGCCAUCGUUUCUCUCAUUGUGGUUCCACUGCUCUACGAUCUGCGAGUGACGUCCGUUUUUCAGUACCUUCGGAUGCGAUUCGACAACAAGGUCGGCAUCACAGCCUGCGUCGUCUACUUCGUGCUCAGUCAAAGUGUGGGCGCAGUGGGAAUUUUCAGCUCUGCUAUUGCUGUGUCCACAAUGUUUCCCAUUCCUGUGUUGUACUCGAACAUCGUCAUCGGCCUUGCGGGAACAGUUUAUACUGCGCUAGGAGGACUUCGUGGAGUUGUGUGGGCCGACUGCGCGCAAGCUUUUGUCAUGUUUUUGUCACCCGUAGUAAUUAUUGCAAAAGUGCUCUACGAUUCCAGUAGCGUAACGCCACCACUACGUCCUAUGAGCAACGCAAAUAUCACAGAUUUUGCUUUCCGGGUGAAUUGGGACAUUACGACCGACGAAAACUUGUGGAGCGGAUUGGCAGGAGCGCUGCCGUUCAGCCUGGUACGGACAGGACUCGACCAGAUGGCAGUGCAGCGAUUUAUGGCGGCUAGGACACUACGGGAUGCAAAAAGGAUAGCCAUCGCGGGUCCACUUUUAGUGCUGUUUUUCUUCUUCCUCGGCGAAUGCACAGCCGUGGCCAUUAUGUACUGGUUCAGGGACUGUGACCCAGUCAUGCGUGGUGCCAUCCACAGUUAUGAUGAGAUUGUUCCGCACUAUAUGAUGACGAGGCUCGUUGAUGUACCCAUGCUGAGGGGCUUGUUCUUGGCGGGACUCGUCGGGGCAUCUACAAGCACGAUUUCUUCUAUUGUGAACUCCCACGCCGCAAUAUUUUACAUUGACGUUGUCACCCCAUACACCAAGAUAAGUGACAGAAAGGCUCUCGUCGUAAUGCGUCUUCUUGCUUUUGCGAGCGGCACCAUAAUGACCUUGUGCGCCAUUGCUGUACCUUACCUCGGCACCGCAGCACGGCUGUACAUGUCAUUCUACUGCUCUGCGGCGGGACCAUUCGCUGGGCUCUUUUUGCUGGCUUUGUCGUCGCCGUGGGUCAACGCAAAGGGAGUGGGCAACGCUACACUUCUGGUCUGCGCGUUUCUGGUAUGGCAUGCGAUCGGAAGGAGCCUUUCGGAUGUAGCACCUCCACCAUUGCUUCCAAAGACGCUUGACCGCUGCCCAUUAUCACUGAACAUCAGUGGCUGGACUGAAGACCCAUCAGCUGGAAUAGACGUCCAACCAGUCACAAGUUCAUCUACGUUCCCGCUGUACAUGGUGUCCUUCUACUGGAUAUCCUUCAUCGGUUUCCUAUUGACGAUAGUCUUGGGAACAGCUUUCAGUCUCCUAACUGGUGGACGUCGUGAUGCAAAGAGGAACCUGCGUUUGACUAGUCCUGCGUUUCUAGACUUUUGGAAGCGGUUCGAAUUGAUACGUCGGACAUUCCUGUUGGAAGACGAAGAAACCAAACACGACGCUACCAUGUUGGAACGGAAAGAAGAACACUGCGACGACGACUACGCAAGACUCGACAAAGAAAUGUCACCGGCGUACAAAGGGCAGUGGUUUGCGGAACAAUAUUCAAGUUUAGUGCGUGUGAGCUAGCCAUACAACAUCUUCGUUGGAAAUUUACACCUAUUCAUCAUGUUUAUACAACUUAAGCGCAAGGACAUAAAAAGGCGGAAGUGUACGUUAACUACAGACUUCUCCAUCACUGUUUGCUCCUCUGAGCAGUAUUCAACUCAAUUAGACAAAUUAUUUUUGUACUGUUAGGAAAAUAGAAGUGAGUGUGUGUCUUGCGGAGAAAGCAUACACCUGCGUCUGAACAGGCCAAA